AUGGCCUUCCCAUCUCGGGAAGCUGCGGAUUGCGCGCCACUGCCUCAAUCGCGCAUCGAGCCUGAAGGUGAAGCAGCAUCUUCAUCCUCAGAUCCCUUAACUUUUGACCACAUAUUCCGCGCGACAUAUCCGAAUAGAGGCAAGUUGGGACCUUCGAGAAAGCGCAAAGCAAGGGGGGCUGUGGUGUACGAAUGCCUUCUCUGUUCAUGGUCAAAUCCGAAACGAGAUAACGCUGUAUACCACGCGAAACGAAAGCACAACGAUGCCAUGGACUCAUUCAGAAAUACAUUAAUCGACAGGUCAUCGGACGUUGGUCCUCCAUCAAAGCAGGCACGACUCGAUGAUUUCUACAGCUCAUCUCCACCAUCAUCAGCCCUCCGCAGAGUGUUCAAUCCCCAGCGCUACACUGAGAGCAUGGUGGCGCUUCUCACACGUCGUCGGCUACCAUUCUCGGCAGUAACGUGGGAUGCGAUGCAGGACAUUAUGCUGGCCUGCAACCCGGCAAUCGAGGAUCUCAUCAUGGCCUCGAGACACGAGGCAAUGCGUCACAUCGCCGCAAAUUUUAGCCUGUAUAAGUCGCAGCUGACAGCCAAGCUCCAGAGCUCCGCUUCGAAGGUCUCAUCGGAUCUCUGGACAUCUCCACAUCGACACGGUGUUCUGGCGAUCUGUGCAAGGUGGGUUGACGAGGAUUACCAGCCCAGAAGAGCCCUUCUCGGUCUGCAAGAGAUCAGGCACAGCCAUUCUGGUGAACACCAAUCUCGACUCCUCUUCUCAAUCCUUGAACUGUAUGGGGUCACGAAACAGCUCGGCUGUCACACAGGCGAUAAUGCCACGUCGAACGACACCUGUUUGCAACAUUUGUCAAUCCGGAUGAAGCGGGAUCUUAAGAUCAACUGGGACCCGAAACGUCACCGCAUCCGCUGUAUCCUUCAUAUCAUCAACCUGUCUCUUCAAGCCUGUCUUCUGGCGUCUUCACGUGAGGCACUUCAAGCUGCUCUUGGGGCUGCCAGCGACGCCACUGGCAAUGAGCUCUACGAACGCUUCUGUCUAGUGCUCCAGGAUGCGUCACUUCCGUCCGACAGUGACUCAUCCGUCCCAACGGGAAGUACCUUUUCAAGAAUAGGGCAUAGAGCAAAUAGCAAUCAUGGCACUACCAGAAGAAAGGGUUGGCCCAUGAUCCCUGCGCUGCGAAAGUUGCAUCAAAUCGGUUUGUGGAUAAGAAACUCAUCCGUCCACAGUGACGCGUGGGAUGACAGCAUCAAGUUACGGCUUGGUAUUGAUAAUGAUACGCGUUGGAACUCAUGGUAUCGAAUGAUAGACAAUUUGAUAAGGAAGAAGCAGCAAGUCAAGCAGUUUCUUCUUGACCAUGACAAGGAGUUGGGUGAUAACAUUCUCACCUCUUCGGAUUGGGACUACCUUGAGAAAAUGCAUGCAUUUCUCCAACCUUUCACCUCCACGACGUUGUGGGCCCAAAGUGCGUCAACCUCGCUCUCGCAAAGUCUCAUGAUCAUGGAUAUACUGCUUCGCCAUUAUGAACAGCAGAAGGAGAUCUAUGAAGCAGAGGACACAUAUGAUCCGCUGAUGCUACACUCAAUCGACAUGGGCUGGUUUGUGCUUGACAAGUACUACACCAGGUCAGAAGAGUCACCUAUCUACGCAACUGCCCUCCUCCUCGACCCGUCAAAGAGGGCGCGAUACCUUGAGGUGCACUGGAAAGAAGAAUGGGCGGCGACUGCCAUUGGCCAUGCGCGAAGAAUCUGGGAGGAGGAAUACAAGACCGCCCCCGACCAGGAAAGCGCUGUGUCUACCCAACCGCCAGCCGAAGCGGUUGGCUUGCGUCACAAAUAG